AUGGCAACUGCCGUCAAGACUGCUUCUUUGUUCCCACAUGCUCAUGCGCCUUUCUCUGAUGUUCCCACGCUUCUCUGGCACCAUCCGGCUUUCGGUGUUUAUGGUUCGCACUGGUUAGCUGCUCUUUUGCGGUUUCGCUCCUUCACUCCUCUGCAGACGAGUCGCGCCAAUAGUACCCAGCAGGCGUCUCUUAUCUCUGCUUUGACUGAGGGCGACUCCGAACUUGACGUGAUUCUUUCACUUGGACUUCCUCAACCCCCAUCCUCUUCUUCCCUGUGCGUCUCGCCUCGGGACUUGCCCAAGAACGACCCCCCCACUUCUCCUCUGGCAACGUCGGCCCGGAAGUCUCUUCAUUGUUCCCUGUCAUCGUCUAUCCCUGGCACCGGAAACGCGCAGGAGCAGUCGCCUCGUCCUCUCCUCGGCGCUGCAGCGAGCAAAGCAGCUCUUCACUGCGAAUCCCACAACACAGACUCCGGCGACGGCUUUUCGCGCCGAAAAGGCGACCGUAAGCCAACCAAGAGCCAAGAGACCGCUUUCCCGCCACACAGGUCCUUGGAAGAGGGCGAAGUCUUAGUCCCCUCCGCCUCGUCUGCCUUCCACACUCUCUCUCUUUCUUCGUCUUCAUCUCGCCAACACGAGAAAGACGCUCUCUCCAACCGCAGUCACCAGUCUGCCGCCCCGCCCGCGACGUCAGCUGGACGCAGCGGGAAAUCUCCGCAUUUGUCUGCCAAGUUGUCGCCUCUGUGUCGCGAAGAGGAACGAGGGACCGAAAGAUGUAAACGGUACGGCGUUCGCAAGAGAAACGAAAAAACCACCAGCGACGCCAGCAACGAAAUCUCGAGUAUCGCUGCGGCUGCAGCCGCCGAAGCCGCCCGCGGAGCCGCCGCCGCCGAGGCCGCUGCCGCCGCAGCCGCCGACGCCGCUGCAGCUGCGGUGGACCGGGAAACUUCGAAGGACUUGCAAAUCGAGCAUCUGAGAGCCGAGAACCGGAAACUCCACCUGGAGAAGCAGCUCUUGCAGCAACGUCUUCAGUCUGAGUUACGGGCCUCUGAGGCGUCGAAUAAACGGGCAAUGGCUGCCGAGAGAGCACAGUGGGAGGGCGAGAAAAACCGCCUCGAGAUACAAAACCGGAGUCUUCAAGACGAAGUUUCGCGCUUGGAGUCUCACCGGGAAAAUGAGAGCCGCCGGUUUGCGACAGCAUUGCAAACGCUGGAGGAAGACCAAGAACAGGAGCGCAGGCGGAUCGAGAAACAGAUGACCAGUCUGUUAGAGGAGGAAGAGAAGAAGAAGCGGAAGGAAGUCGAAAAGGCCAUGGAAGAUGGAGAGAAAAAACGACAAAUGGAGGUGAAGGAGUUGGAGAAAAAAAUGAAGCGGGAGAUGGAGGCACUGAAGAAGAGCCAUGAAGAUGACCUUGCCCGCCUGCGGCAGCAAACAACAUCUCAGGGGGACAUCUGCGCUCUUCUUCGUCACGUAGAAUCCUCAGCCGAGUCCAUCAAGUUCAUCACGGAACGCCUAAGCGAAGAGUCUACGCAGGGCAGACAACAACUUGAUUUUCAGAGAGCAGAACGGGAGGUGACUCUGAAAGCGAUGGAGGACGAGUUGAAGACGCAGCAGAAGCAGACAGCUGAACAACAUGGGGCUCUCGUCGCUCUGUUGGGCGACUUUCAGAGACAGCAGGAAGCCAGUGAAGAACGACAUCGGAAGGAGAGAGAAAGGCUAGACGCUGAACAUGCUGCGCUGCGCCAGUUGCAGCUGACUCUCAAAUGUGCAGACGAGCAGCAGAAAAGGAUGUUUGAAGAACUGAAGACGGCAAUCGAGGACGAGAAGCGCGAUCUCAUGAGAAAGAGCGAAGCGAAGGAAUUCGAACUAAAGGAUCGCGAACAACGGCUCGAGGUCGCUCAACGGCGGCUAGAGGGCGAGCGACGGGCCAUCGAUGCUGCAUCGCGAGGUGUGGAAGAAACGCGAGCGAGGGCGGCAGCCCGCCUGCGGGAAGUUGAGGGCGAAGUCUUUGAAGAGCGGCAGCACGCGCUCCGAGAGUUGGAGGCCGUGGAAGAGGAACGUCGACAGCUCCAGCAGACGAAGCAAGAACUCACCCUCAUUCGGGCGGACCUCGAUCGCCGGCAGCAUGCGGUGGAGGAAGAGAGACAAAAGACGCAGACGCUUCUUCUCCAGGUGGAGAAAAAAGAGGCAGAGAUCAAGCGGCUGCACUCCGAGGCAAUGGAAGCGAGAACCCAGGCAGAGCUACGCGCCAUGCAUGCAGAGCAGCUCCGGCGCUGCGCCCCGGGGCCAAGUUCGCAGAGAAGAUUUGGGCCCUCAACCCGUCAGCAGCGAUAUGGGCGCAGCUGCGCGAGCCUUGGCUUCCUCAGUGUAUCGGCGGUCGACGUCGUCUCUUUCCUCGAGUGA